UCGUUGGUUGUGCUUCAUGCAGGAGUGCAUUCUGUCCGGGAUCAUGUCCGUGAAUGGGAAAAAGGUUCUGCAUAUGGACAGGAACCCCUACUACGGUGGGGAGAGCUCUUCCAUUACACCCCUGGAAGAGCUGUACAAGCGCUUUAGUCUACCUGAUAGCCCACCGGAGUCCAUGGGCAGAGGAAGGGACUGGAACGUUGAUCUCAUCCCCAAGUUUCUCAUGGCUAAUGGUCAGCUUGUGAAGAUGCUGCUUUACACAGAAGUGACGCGGUACCUGGACUUUAAAGUGGUGGAGGGAAGCUUUGUUUACAAAGGAGGGAAGAUCUACAAGGUGCCGUCAACUGAGACCGAGGCGCUCGCUUCCAACCUGAUGGGAAUGUUUGAGAAGAGAAGGUUUCGGAAGUUUUUGGUCUUUGUGGCCAAUUUUGAUGAGAACGACCCCAAGACCUUUGAGGGCGUGGACCCUAAAGCCACUACCAUGAGGGAUGUUUACAAGAAGUUUGACCUUGGCCAAGAUGUCAUCGAUUUCACCGGCCACGCCCUGGCCCUCUACAGGACAGAUGACUAUCUUGAUGUUCCGUGUUUGGAGACGAUCAAUCGUAUCAAGCUGUACAGUGAAUCACUGGCACGUUAUGGAAAGAGCCCCUACCUCUACCCCCUGUAUGGCCUGGGAGAGCUGCCACAGGGAUUUGCAAGGCUGAGUGCAAUCUACGGGGGAACCUAUAUGCUGAACAAGCCCGUGGAUGAGAUCGUAAUGGAGGGUGGCAAAGUGAUUGGAGUCAAGUCAGAAGGCGAGGUGGCGCGCUGCAAGCAGCUCAUCUGUGACCCCAGCUACAUCCCAGACCGCGUCCGUAAGGCGGGCCAGGUGAUCCGCGUCAUCUGUAUCCUGAGCCACCCCAUCAAGAACACCAAUGACGCCAAUUCCUGUCAGAUCAUCAUCCCUCAGAAUCAGGUCAACCGUAACUCAGACAUCUACGUGUGCAUGAUCUCUUACGCCCACAAUGUGGCGGCCCAAGGGAAGUACAUAGCCAUCGUCAGCACCACAGUGGAGACUAGUGAACCAGAGGCUGAGAUAGAGCCAGCCUUGGAGCUGCUGGAGCCCAUUGAUCAAAAGUUUGUGGCUAUUAGCGACCUUUAUGAGCCCACAGAUGACGGCACUGAGAGCCAGGUCUUUGCCUCGAGGUCCUAUGAUGCCACAACUCACUUCGAGACCACCUGCAACGACAUCAAGGACAUCUACAAACGCAUGACUGGGACCGACUUUGACUUUGAGAACAUGAAGCGCAAACAAAACGACGUCUUCGGGGAGGACGAGCAGUGAGGGCGGUUCGGGGGCCUCUCGGAAGAGGGUGGGAGCAGAAAAAGAAGCGAAGGCGGGUGAAAAAAUGGGUCAGAGAGACGGUCAGUCCCUCUCUCAGGAUUUCAAAGGAUGGUUUGAUAGCAAUGGAAUAAGCGGGUUUUCCUUCUCUUCGGACGUCUGCCUCCAUUUCUUUUUUUGGUCUCCCCCCCUUCGUUCCACUCGGAAUAAAAUUCGUAAAAUGCUCACAAACAAACACACACAUGCUUUUUCAAACACUUCCUUUCCUCUGUCACC